AUACCUCCGAAGCGUAGUUUCCGUCAGUUUUCUGAAAUAGUUCAGGCGAUAAAAACAAGUCGGCUGCACAACGCGUUGUUGGAUUUUUGCAAAACUUCCAUCGUAGUAAUUGUUGAGAUUAGAAACAAACAUUAACAAACAUACUCUCCGGGAAACGUGUUUGUUUGCUAGCGUCAAGCUUUUGCUACAACGUGUAAGUUAUGUAAACAAUGCAAUGGAGACAAGCGAAGAAGUGCUUCAGGGUUCUCCGAUGAUUCACGGAAAAGAGCAAGCACGAAUUGACAGGAGUGGGGCAGUAGCUAUGUUCUACAAAAUCAUCUAGAUGAAGAGUUCUUGGAUGUGUGUUUACGUUUUGUUCCAGCCCUCAACGAGCAGAAACCCGACCACAGGAACUCCUCUCUCACCUAUGGACCCACUGAACACACUGUCCAACUUUGAGUCAGAGAUGGAGCCAGACGGACAGGGAAACUACUCUCUCUUCCCUGCCUUGGACAACAUGGCCAGCCUGGCAGGAGCUGCAGAGGCUCUAGAGAGUGAACCACCUAACGAUGUUGCAGACAAGCCCAAUCUCACAUGGCUUGAUGCUGCGCAGAUUGUACUGGAGGCAGCUGGACGCCCAAUGCACAUCAAGGAGAUCAAACAGCAAAUCAUUGACAGGGGAUUGGUUCAGUCCAAUGCGAAGUCGAGCCUUGAGGCUGUCAUGUACCGUGAGACACAGAAAGGCAGCAGGAGAUUCAAGAGGAUUGAGAACAGAAAUGGAGUCUUUGCACUGUUGACAGAUGAUGAGGGGCAGCAGGCUCUACAGUCCUUCACCACCCAGUCUUUCAUGGGGUCUCCCCCCCAGUCAACCUUCUCCAGCUCUGGCUCUGCAGCCUCUCUGCCUCCCUUCCCCUCCCCCACGGGUCUCUCUGAGACCAGGCCCAAGACCAAGAAAGGCCCACGCAAGAACCAGAACGAAAAGUACAGACUAAAGUACCUCAGACUACGCAAAGCAGCACUGGCCAUGAUUUUUGAGAAUGCGGCUCUCUGUGAUGAAGUUGCCCACUUAGAGGAGAAGUUUGUGCGAGCAAAAGAGGAACGCAGGUUCUUACUGAAAUCGCUGUUGCAGUACCAGUCUGUGUCAGAGGGGGAGCUGCUCACCGCUGCUACUACCAGCUCUCACCCCCCUGUGACCUUCAGUUCCAUCCCAACGGGGGCGUCAGUCCUGCCUGUGGGUCAUAACCUGACCUCUGGGGCAGAGGAGGGCCUUCCUAAGAAGCCUAAGAAGGAACGAGGCAGGGAGAAUGGGAAAGAGGACGGUCCAAAAAGAAUGUCAAAAAAGCGGAAGCUUGCUGACGCGGGGUCUCGUAAGCUGGUUCAGCCCAUCGCCCUGGACUCCUCAGGACGUCCUGUCUUCCCCAUAGUACUGGGGGGUCUGACUGUGUACAGUCUAGGGGAGAUUAUCACAGACAGGAUGCUGUUCCAUGACCAGUGUGCCAUCUACCCAGUGGGUUACUGUAGCACACGCUUCUUCGCCAGCAUGAAGAGCCCUGAUCAGCAGUGCCUGUACACCUGCCAGAUUAAGGACGGGGGUGGUGGCCCACAGUUUGAGAUAGUGCCUGAGGAAGACCCUCAGAAUGCCAUAGCUGCCUCCUCUGCCCUCACCUGCCAUUCCAACCUGCUGAAGGCCAUUGGUGCUCUAAGAUCGAAACCGGUGGCACCCAUUGUGCCUUCAGGAGCAGACUUCUUUGGCUUUUCCCACCCCACCAUCCAGAACCUGAUCCAGAGCUGCCCAGGAGCACGCAAGUGCAGCAAUUAUCAGUGGAUCCGUUUCGAGGUGUGUCGUCCAGGCGACGGCCAGGUUCCACACAGCCUGUCUGAAGACGAUGCCUCUGUCAGCUUUGAGGCAUACCAGAGACACCAGGGCUUUGAUGACAGCAUCAGGGGGGACAAUCUAGUAGGCAUGACUCCACAAUCACCUGGUUCCUCUCACCAGCAUCUUCUGAGCUCACCCACCCUGCAACCAUCUACAUCUUACUUCAGCCACUGAUCUGUUCCUCCUCAACAUCCAGACCAGUGAAGUAGUGGAAAAGAAAAUACUGGUAAACGGUGAUCACCCUUUGCGGUUAAUAAAGUAAUGCUCCAUAUAUUUUCAAUGCAUUUAUUUGUGAUCGGUGGGUAAAUGCUUGUGCAAAAUAAAUUAAAUGGCAUUUACCCUCCAAUACACCACUGCUCUAGAAAGCCUGGUGACGCCUGUGUGGAAGUUCUCAAUAGGACCAGUUGCGUCUCUACUGACAUUGACAGUUCUGGAAGGAACCAAGAAGAGGAGACUACCGGAAUCAUGUUCUCUUCAAUUUAAACAAUCAAUGUAUGUUGUUGUUGUUGUUGUUGUUGUUAUCAUGUGAAAGAAAGUUGAUCUGACCAUCAAGUUGGCCCCUGUAUGUACCACUGUAGUUAGUACUAUAAAAUGGGUGGUUCAAGCCCUGAAUGCUGAAUGGAA